AUGCACUAUUCCUCCAUUCAAUCUGGCCGGAGCCAGGUUGUCCCCGAGGGACUGAGGGGGGCCGGGGCCGGAGGAGGUGGAGGCAGAUACUUAUUGAAGCAGCCUGAAAAGGCGGCGGCGGCGGCUCACACUUAUUUCCAGGCCAACCCAGAACAUGUGGAGAUGGGUCAGAACCUGGAGCAGUACAAAGACCAGCAGGGCGUUGAGGAGGAGCACUUUGUGGACCGAGAAGCUCGGCCUCAUCAGCGCUCCUUCGCAGCAGCAGUGAGAUUGUAUGAUAAAGGCGACCACGAAGAAGCCAUCGCUCUGUUUGAGGAGGCGUUGGUGGAGUACUAUAAAGCAGACUCGGAGUGCCGGGCCCUGUGUCAAUGGCCGCAGAGGUUUGAGGGCCACGACUACCUCCGCUACCGUUACAGCCUCCAUGAAGUCGUAUCGGAUCACUUCACUCAGGUGCUGCACUGUGAACACGAGUGCGUCCGAGACCUCGCCACCCGGCCGGGCCGCCUCUCCCCGAUGGAGAACUACCUGCCUCUGCACUACGACUACCUUCAGUUUGCCUACUUCCACGUGGACCGGCUGCAGGAGGCUCUCCAGUCCUCCGUGACCUACCUGUUAUUCCACGAGGGAGAGGAGUCCAUGACGGACAACGUGGAUUACUACAGAGAGAUGCUGGGACACGAUGGCAAGCCGAGAGAGGAAGCUGCAUGGUACCUGAGGAGGCACAAACAGGAACUGGAGCUCCUUCUGAUUGGCAGCAAAACCAUGGGUGUGGAAUUUAUGGAAGGGAAUUACUGGAGCAGCACAGGUGGAAGAGAGGACUCAAACAGGAUUCCCUCCGGGACAGACGGCUGGAUGGAGUAUGUUCCCAUUUCAGAGAAGAAGAACGGCACUGUCGCCGCUCCACAGCAACUCAAAGAAGGUGGCCCCUUGGUGUAUGACACCGUGCAGCUGGUGCAGAACUCUGCGGCCUUGAACGGAACCCAGCGGGUGCUGCUGGACCAUGUGAUGUCCGAGGAGGAGUGUUCAGACCUCAGACGCCUGGCUCAUGCUGUCACCAUGGCAGGAGACGGUUACAGAGGCAGGAUGUCUCCACACACUCCCAAUGAGAAGUUUGAAGGAGCCACUGUACUCAAAACCCUGCAGUACGGCUAUGAGGGCAGAGUGCCGAUGAGGAGCGCUCGCCUGUUCUACGACAUCAGCGAGCGAGCGAGACGUGUUAUCGAGUCUUACUUCCUGCUCAACUCCACCCUGCACUUCUCCUACACACACCUGGUGUGCCGGACAGCCAUCACAGGCCAGCAAGAUCACAGGAAUGACCUGAGCCAUCCCAUCCAUGCUGACAACUGUCUGCUGGACCCCGAGGCCAAUGAGUGCUGGAAGGAACCACCAGCGUACACAUACAGAGACUACAGUGCACUGUUAUAUCUAAAUGGAGAUUUUGAAGGAGGGGAGUUCAUAUUCACGGAAAUGGAUGCCAAAACAGUCACGGCAUCAGUGAAGCCCUUAUGUGGCAGGAUGGUGGGUUUCUCAUCAGGAGGGGAGAAUCCACACGGUGUGAAGGCCGUUACCAGCGGGCAGAGGUGUGCUGUCGCUUUGUGGUUCACCCUGGACCCGCUCUUCAGAGAACUGGAGAGACUGCAGGCGGACGAGGUGAUCCAGGCGUUGGACACACAGUCUGUGUGGGGUCAAGGCCUCAACAUCAACCCUAAAGAUGAACUGUAGAAGCUGAAGCAAAACUGCUUCAGUCCAUCUGCUUCCAUCAAAUCCUUCUAUAUAUUUUAACUAUUUAUUGAAUCGACCUUUGGAUGGGAACUUUUCUAUUUUUGUACUGUUUGAAGUGCAAGAUUAAUAAUGUCAUUUUUGUGUUCUCAGUCGCAUUUUUUUGAAUGUUUCUCUACACACAAGUACUUGAGUUUACCUUUUGUUCUUUGUCUUUCCCUCCAGUGACAGCUUCUAAAAACCCAAUUCACUUUGUUUUGUUGUACCUGGUAAGAAGCUGUUUCAUGUAAGACUGAUCUGUACUCUCACUGAACUGUGAAGAAUCCAAAGA